AUGGCAGCUGAGUCGUUACGCAACAUCUUCUAUGCCACAGCUGUCUGCCCCGGCUUGCGAGCUGCAGUGCAGCGGCAGCCCGAUGGGCAACAGCAGGUGGUGCGGUUGUGCGCCCGCUGCCUUGUGCUGCCAGAGGCCGAGCUGGAGAUGGCCAUGCAGGAUAAUCGCCGGCGCAACCUGCUGGCAUGCAUGGCUCAGCUGUUGGCAACGGAUUGCUUCGCAGCCGGCAUACAGCAGCACGAGGCAGCGGGCGGUGGCGUCAGCUUCCUGCUUGUGGCGGGAGCACUGGCAGCACGCGCGCACCUGGGGCUGGCCCCCGAGGCCAGCGUGACACAGGCGACACAGGCGCUACUGGCGCUGCCUUGCCUGACCCUACACGCCCAGCGUGGGCACACCAUGCUGAGGCAGCAGGGCUUGCCUGAAGCGCACAUGGCGGCGCUGCUGCAGCAGCUGGGCGGCCCCGGCGGCCUGCCGCUGCUGUGCCAGCUGGCAGGGGAGGUGGCGGCGGCGUCGGGGAGCGCUGCUGCAGGCAGCACAGCGGCGAGAGCCGACAGCAACAGCUUUGGCGCGCAGUGCUGGGGAACUGUACUGGUGCGACCUUGGACGUCGGCGCUGUCCAGUUGGAUGCAGUACUGUGUCGCGCUGGCACACCACGACCUCUCCAGCGUGCUAUGCAGCUCUGACACGUAUGCUGCAGCCUGCCGCGCCGGCGAGGCGUUGCUGCGCCUGGCGCCGCUGCUGCCGUGCCAGCCUGGCCAGGAGCCGGCGCCCGGCAGCAGCGGCGGCUGGCGCAGCCUGGGCGCAGUGGUGGCAGCGGCUGGCGGCGCCCACGCGUUUUUGCGGGCCGGAUUGCCCUGCGACCAUCAGGGAGCAGCAGCACGGAGGCAGCUGGCAGCAGCGAGAGGGGCGGCCGUGGCGUUAGCGGUGCGGCGGCAGGCGCGCCAGCAGCUGGCGGCGACUUACGCUUACAUCAGCGGCCUGCUACGGGAGCUGCCACCCAACGAGCAAGGCCCGUUUGCCAGGCGGCUGGAGUGCUGCCUGCUGCUGUACCUCAGUGCCCUGGCAGAGCUGCCAGUGUCCCUAGAUAGGAGGCAGGGCGAGCUGGACUGCCGGCGGUGUAUGCUGCUGUGCCACAUGCUGAGCAGCACGGAGGUGGCGCUGGCCCCGCUCUGGCGCCUGCUGCUGGGCACUGCCAGCGUGGCGGCCGCCGGCAUGGACACGCUCAGCCUGCUGGCAGAGGUGGCCUGCCGCGCGCUGCAGUUCUUGUGUGCGACUGCCGGCGACUUCUCCGGCUCUGCUCCUUGGGAGGCCCCGCUGUACUUGCUGGAGCUGCUGGUGGAGCUGGAGCCGGGUGUGCUGCCGCGGCUGGCGGCUCAAGGGGCGCUGAUGCGCACGCUGUGCACGGCAGCCGCGGCGCUGGCUGAUGCCGCCAGGCAGGCGUCGCAGGCCAAAGCUUUGGAGCCGCACCUGCUGGGCCUGCUGGGCCUGCUGGCACCCCACCUGCAAGUGGAGCCUGCGCAGCAGGGUGAUGUGCGGCUGUGUGUGGAGGGGCUGGCUUCAGAAGAUGGGCAGCGCCACAGGCAGGCUCUGCAGCUGUUUGCCUCGCUGGUUGGGGAGCAGCAGGAGGAGCAGUCAGCUGCAGGCGACGGCGCCCCACCACGAAGGCAGCCCCUCGGCCCCGAGGGAGAGCAGCUGGCGGUGCGGCGGGCGCGGGCGCUGGCACUGCUCAAGUGCGCCAACCCGCGGUGCAGCAGGCUGGCGGGCGCCAGCGAGGCGGCAGCCCCCAGGGGGCGCCUCUGCAGCGGCUGCCGCACGGUGCGUUUCUGCAGCGAGGCGUGCAGCCGGCAGGAGUGGCCGCAGCACCGCGCGGCGUGCAGGCUGCUGCGGGCUGCGCCGCACGACGGCUGA